GACUCCUGCGGGACGCUCCAAGCAGGUUACCAGGCAACGCCUGCAAGACCUAAUUAAUAUUCAGAAGCUCAGUCUUCGCCGUAGUAGGAUUUGUAAAGUACCGAGUGCGACCGCGUCUCAUGUCACUCUGGGUACCUUAACUAGUAGAAAGUUCAACACGUCCACACACACCUACAAGAGCCACAGCUGUGUCCGACACAUAAAACAAGCAGACGAUGUGAUGAGAGAUCACACCAAGGAGAAAGCGAUGGCUGGACCGAGGCCUGUGGUGAUGAGCGGACCGUCUGGAGCUGGCAAAAGCACUCUGCUGAAGAAGCUGCUCAAGGAGUUUGAUGGCGUAUUUGGCUUCAGCGUUUCCCAUACGACGCGGAGCCCCCGUCCAGGAGAGGAGGACGGCAAAGAUUAUCAUUACGUUACCAGGGAAGUGAUGCAGGCAGACGUAGCUAAGGGUGAAUUUCUCGAAAAUGCAGAAUUUUCAGGGAACAUGUAUGGAACAAGUAAAGCAGCUGUACAGGCCGUUCAGGCCAAAAAUUUGAUUUGCAUUUUGGACAUUGACAUGCAGGGAGUGAAGAACAUCAAGAGAACCGAUCUCAACCCCAUCUAUGUGUCCAUCCAGCCUCCGUCAAUGGAAACCCUGGAAAAACGCUUAAGGGAUAGAAAAACGGAAUCUGAGGAAAGUCUACAGAAACGUUUACAUGCAGCCAAAGUUGACAUGGAAAUAAGUAAAGAGCCAGGUUUAUUUGAUGUGCUGAUUAUCAAUGAUGACCUUGACUUAGCGUAUGGGAAAUUAAAAGAUGCUCUUCUUGAGGAAAUCCAGAAGGUCAGAGACACCAACAAUUCGUAGACGAGAGCACACCUGCUAACCACAGCGACCUUCAAACCUCAACAUUCCACCCAGGAAAGACUUUCUGAGGUUCAGUCGAUACUCCCAACACUGCUGAACGUCAAACAUUUAUACAUUACUAUACGGUGCAGGCUAAUAUUAUAUAUACUGAGUUUAUUUCAUGACCACGUACGUUACGUAAUUCCUGGGCUAAAGAUCAGAAACAUGAAGCUUCAACCAAGAAACACUCUGAAAGUCCUUGUUUUUGAAAAGUUUGUUUUGAUUUUUGAUCAAUGGAAGAGACAUAGUACAGAUUGUAGAUUUUAUAUAUCUAUCUAGCACGUUCACUAAUUUAUUGGUUUUUUUUUCUAUGCUGAUAUUUUAUUAUAACUCAUUCUUUGCUGUUGCAAACACAACGCAGCUUUCCAUUCGCAACAUUUUAACAUUCAGAGCUAUUAUCUGCACCUACGUGUUGCACCUGCUUUCACUCAGAUAUAAUUGCAUCUGAACGUCUGACAAGUCGAGGAAAGCCUGGUUUCUUAACUAAUACCUAAUUCUUAAAUGAUGGAAAUGGUUGCGUCUCAUCAUGUUCCGCGUACACAUUACAUGCACGUUACUCCGAAUCAGAUUACGCUUUUGUAAAUAAGGAUAUUUCACUUUAAUAUGUUUACCAGCUUUGAAAGUUUUAUAGAGUUCAAAGCCGAUGCAGGCUUUGUUUCAGACUCUGUUUUUAGCGCAAGGCAGCUUAUAAACACAGCCACAAGUCUCUUUAGUAGGUUUAGGAGACAUUAUUGAUGCUUUUAGUCUUACACAGCUGAUCUUUAGUAGAUCGUUCCAGCAGUUCUGAUCUAUUCCUGUUAAUAUUAAAUGUGACCAUCAAAUAAUACUGAUACCAAAAUAAUACAUCAUUUUAAACUGAAAUGAUAGAUUACAUGCACAAUUCAUUUUACCUAAAUUACACCAUUAUGUUUGUUACCGUUUGAAACAUUUCUUAUUAUAAUAAAAGUAACAAAACAAUUUUUGUUCAACAAAACAAAAUACUCAAAAAUGUGAAAUCGUGAGCUAAAUGGUGGUUUCAGUCCACCUGGUAUAAUGUAUAACAAUAGUUUUACAUGUAUAUAACAUACAACAAUAAUAACAAAAGCAAGAGUUUUAAAAUGGGCUCUUGUGUUUUUCUAUUGAGCACACACACACGUUUAUAUUUGUUUCUCCCAACCUUCAAAGUACUGUAUGUUACUCAUUGUCCAUUGAGUGUGAAAAAUAUGUAAUAUAAUAACUUGUGAUGUACAGACCUACAAAUGAAAAAUGAAGUUUAUCAAAAUGGAACAAAGGUUUUCCUAAAAUGGCACAAUU